GAGACUCUGUGGGACAGCUCUGCACAGACACACACACACACACUUCACCGCUGUUUAACAAGAGAAACACCAAACUGAGACAGAAAAAUAUCAUCUGCUGCCAAACUUCCUGAGGACGCACCAGCAUAGAGUACCAUGAUGAUUAAGCCAUAUGUGAGACAAGGCGAGGGAGAGGAGGUCGUCAGCCCUCUGCAGUGGAUGGACGGAGACAUGAGCUCACCUGAUGGAGACGCAUCCGUCUCAUCACACUGCUACAGAGCAGGAGUGAACCAACAGGACGGGGAGAUGGGGAGCGAGGAUGCACAGGAGGACGAGGAGGACGAGGAGGAGGAGGGACAGGAGGAUGAAAACGAGUCCAAGCGACGCGGGCCCAAGAAAAAGCGAAUGACAAAGGCCCGGCAGGAGCGAUUCCGUGCGAGGCGUGUGAAGGCCAACGCCAGGGAGCGUUCGCGUAUGCACGGCCUAAACGAUGCACUGGAGAGCCUGCGCACCAUCAUGCCAUGUCACUCCAAAACACAGAAACUGUCCAAGAUCGAGACGUUACGGCUGGCUCGCAACUACAUCUGCGCCCUGUCCGAGGCCCUGGAGGGGGGCCUGUCCACGGAGAGCAGGGCCUUCAUGGAGACGCUGUGUAAGGGCCUUUCGCAGCCCACCAGCAACUUGGUGGCCGGCUGCUUGCAGCUUGGACCAGGUUCCGGUCCCGUGAUGAGGCCUGACGACAGACACAGAGUUCGGGCGGCUCCCACUCCUCUCGGCGGCGUGGUGAGCUACUCCUCUCCUGGCCUGCCAAGUCCGCCGUAUGGCACUUUUGACUCUGCUCACCUGCUUCACCUGAGAGCGAUGAAGGGAGGAGUGUACGAAAAUCACUCGCCAAAUGAGUACAACGGCGGCGGUGUGGGGACCCCUCCGUACGACGGCCCCCCUACACCGCCUCUGAGCAUCAGCAGUAACCUGGUGACCAAACAGGAGCCUUCGCCACACUACCCACCCCCACACCACUACUCCCCCUCCCCUGUGGACCAGGGCCUGUAUCAGACUCAGACCGGCUACGACGUUCACUUAGAGGGGCCGUAUGACUCCUACCAUCCACAGCACAUGCCCCCCCGACAGAUCACCUCCGUCUACAGAGACUAAGACGGAUCAGGAGGGUCGAUUCUGCUUCGGCCAUCGAUACAACCUGACUGCUCGUCUUCGCUCUCUGAUCCUCCACGAACACUGACUGACGCUGACUGAAGGAUCAGUCUGCUAGUAGAGCGACUGUAGAAUAAAAAAAUGGUUUGUUUACAUGUGAACAUUGUUAAAAUUAGAAAAUACUUGACUUAAACCAAUACAUUUUCUUAAAACACUGAUUACCAAAUAAUUUAAGAACCUCGAGGGUCCCAACAGGAAACGUUGCUUUGGCCACAGAUGUCCUGUUACUGUGAUAUAAGCACUUAUAAUUUGGUAACAUCCUACAUAAAUUAAAAGUAUUUUUAUUUAUUCUCUAAUUUAAUACAGUGUAUAUGGAGUUUGUUCUGAUGUGCAGGUGUGUGUCUGGAUUUCCUUUUGUACAUAUUUGUGGUCUCUUUGUUUGCUAGACUGAUAGUUCGUCACUUAUAUUACUUGUGUGUCCUUUUCUUUGUUGUUUAUUACAGUAUUUCAUGUUUUUCACUCGAAACAUAUUCAGAGGUAGAUUUCCUAGCGCAAUGUAGCUGAUUUUUGGAAGAAAAGGAGGAUGGUUUGAUUAAAUAUGGAUCAAGGUGAAGAAGCAAAAAUGUAAUUCUCAGGUUAAUAUUAUGAAAAUUAAUAUCUA